CGGAAAGGGCCGAGAAGAUGCGAUUGGAUCAUAACUGUGAAUUUACAACAACCUUUCAGUGUUUUUAUUUUAAGAAUAUUUGUUAAAUUUUAAUAAAUAUUUUAUCUCAUUGUGUUAACUUUUACGUGUUAAAUAUGAAAUACUGAUUAAACUAUGAAAUACUGUUAAACAUAAAACCACAAGAUGUUCUUCGAUAAGCAUAACCCCAUAUAGGGGUAUAUUUCAAAAUGUGUUGGAUUCAAAUUUGGAUAUGAAUUAAUUCCAAACGUAACUAACAAAGGUUAAACCCAGAACUUCAAGACACGACAAUACUUAUAAUUGUUGAGUGCAAAAAACAAUGGCUUCAUAUAGCCCUAAACUGUUAGAAAAGAAAUACAAUAACUGGGUUAAAGCUCAGUUAGCUGUCUUGUUUACUAAAGAUGGUCUUGAACCUUUUGUUUGUAAUGAAAUUCAACAAUUUCAACAGGAAUGCUUAGAUGAUAUUUGCUACAACAAUGGAAUUUUUAGUGGGACUAUAUGCUCGGGUUGCAGCACGGAAAAUGUUGUUAAGUGUCCUACAAAAGGUAUAUGUAUUGUCGGGAAGGGACAAUGCAGUUUUCACAGAAAUUCAAAUUACAUCCUAGCCGGCUGUCCGAAUAGGAUUUGCCAUAAUUUCAAAUCAGGAAUACAGAAAGCUCAUAGGUACUCUGGUCCAUCAUACAAAAACACUGAUGCUACCCAGUGGUGCAGUAAUUCAUGGGAAGUGGCUAAAUGCUUCAUGCCCACAGAUGGGUAUAAAGAUAAAGCAUCUGCAACAGAAACAGACUUCAACGGUAUAAUCAGCGUUAUCCUAAAUUACAAAGACUUCAAGGGGAAAGUACAUGAAAACCUCAAUAAUAAGAUGAAUAUAUUUGAAGAGGCAAGAGAAAUUGGAAAAAAUGUGCGACAUUCUUCCUCGCUUGAAGUAGAGGAUUCAGAUCUUCAGAAAUACUUUCAACUUUUACAGAAAUUACUUUCUGAUCCCGUAUAUUUAGCUACAGACACGCAUGCACAGAAUGCUAAACAGAAACUUACAGAGUUAGAAAAUGACACUCUUGUCAUUGGUAAAGAUGAUAUAAGGAAAGCACUAGACGAUGCGGCAAAAGCAGUUCAGGACAAGAUAAAGACUGGAUUAGAUGAGCAAUAUGACAGAAUUAAACAAGAUCUUGAAUCACAAACUGCCGAACUGCUGAAACGACUAAAUGAAGAAGGUGAUAAAGAACGGACAAAACUUGCUGAGACGUUACUAAAAGCAAUAAAGUCAGCAAGCAAAGACGAGAAAGACGAACAAUAUAUUGAAUAUAAACAAAAACUGAAGGAUGAGCUUAUUACAUGGUACAACACCAAUCAAAGUACAGUUCCUCUUUCACCACUCACAGAUGCUUUCCCUACCCCUCUAGCCGGGUUCUACAUUUUGCCAGAAAUUGACAAACAGACGUAUCAACCAGAUGGAAGGAAAGAAACAAGUAGAGUCAAGUCGUUACAGGACCUGUUUACAUCUCCAAGGGAAAUAUAUUUAUCAGCAGUCGCCGGAUUUGGAAAAACAGCGUUUUCAAAAUAUCUUGCCUUGACAUGGUGUCAAGCUCAUCAAAAGGAUGGGAAUUAUGGGCAUUUUAAAGAAGGAGAGUUAAAGGCAUUAUCUGGCUUUGAGUUUUUAUUUCUAGUGCUAUUGAGAGAUUCAGCUAAAGUCUGUGAUGUCGACGACAUGAUUGAACAACAAGUCAUACAGUACCUCCCUUGCUCAUCUUCAAUGCCAAAAGGUAUAUUAAAGGACAUUCUACAUGAUGAAAAAUGUCUUGUGAUAUUAGAUGGACUUGAUGAAUGGACACAUCCUGACAAUGAUUGUACAAGAGUUCCUAAAAUUAUUCCACAUCGAUAUGCACGUGAAAAGUGUGUAAUCUUGACAACGACCCGCCCAUGGAAGUUUGAAAUGUCAAACUUGAGUCAAAUAGUCGAAACAGUAGAGCUAGUUAAACUAAAUAAAGAAAAUGCCAGGCAGUUUAAGUGUAAUGCCAUGAAGUUGUUGAAUGUGAACCUUCAAGAUGGUGAACUUCAAAAUGAAGUUUGUAGAUUUGAAGAAGCAAUCAGUGACCAUGACAUUGAAGACAUGGAAUCCACCCCUCUUUUGUUACUCUAUCUUAUAUGUUUAUGGAUUGCAAAAAUUCCAAUAGGAAAUUCUGCAGUAGAAUUAUAUACAGGCAUUAUUCAGCUCCUUCUAUUUAGAACAGAAAAGUUACAUCAAAAAUUUCAUUCAUCGUGUGAAACAUCCCCGAGUAACGUUCCUGAAUGUUUCAGAAAACAUAAACAUUUCUGUAGUUACUACACGUUUCUGUUGACCAUUGGGAAACUAGCUUUUUAUACAUUGUUCAGUAAGAAAAAGGAGCACACAUUAGUUUUUGAUAGAAAUGUUGCUAAAGAAUAUAUUAACCAAGAAGAUUUGAAAUCAAGCUGUCUAUCAGGAAUACUAUCAGAAAGUAAAGUGAAAACAUUAGUAAGUGAAAGUUCUAAAAUCUCAUUUUCUCAUAAAACAGUGCAAGAAUACUUUUCAGCAUUAUUUAUAAGUUUUCAAACUACAAAUGAAGUUCAGAAAAUCAUCUUAGAAGAGUGCAACUGUUUACAAAAUAUUCUAGACAUGUCAAAAGUGUUUGUUUUUAUUAGUGGCAUGAACCCUACAUUAAUGUCUACAAUAUCAAGUGUUUUAAUGCCUGUGAUAUACAAUAAUGACAAAACAAGCAAAUACAGAACGUUGGCAGGUUAUGAUUACAUGUACAAAAAGCCAUUAAAAGACAUUCAAGACAUGUACAUUUCUUGUAGCAAAGAAGGAAAGGAAAACAAAGACCUCAAAUUGUGUUUACAAGAUUUCAUCAUUAAUGAAAAUUGUCAACAACAAAACUACUUCAAACAAUUACAAAAUCUGUGUCAACAAAAUAAAGAAAACAUAAAAUCAAUAAUGAUAGAAAAUGCAGGUAUUUGUAAUCUACAAGAAAUUAUCAGUUUGUUUACACUCUCUCACCUUCCACAUAUAGAGAAAUUAUUCUAUAAAGGUGAAAUUGUAGAAAAGGAAAUAAUGAGCUUGUUAUUGAAGCCUUUAAAAUGUUUAAUUGUGAUAUCAUGUAAAUGGAAAAAUCAUCAAUUUGUAGGAGAAUAUUUCCAGCUGUCUGCAGAGAUAAAUGGACGACUGGUAAAAUUACAACACCUGGAGUGUUUAAAUAUAAGCCGUUUCACUAUGACCCACGAGGUAAUGGAGACAUUGUUAAAGUUCCUCACUAGUAAAAAAUCAAUGAAAGAAAUAAUAUUGGACAAUUUAUACUGUAUCGAUCAUGGUACUUCAUGUAGGGGAUUCAACCUUGACCUGUCUCAACAUUCACAACUAAGAUGUUUAGGAUUGAGCUAUAUACCUGUGUCACAAUUAAACAUGGAUGUAUCAUUGUUAGAGGAAUGUAUUGUAGGUGAAUUAUAUAAACCUGGUGUUGUGUCAUCUUAUCUCAGUCAACUACCAGCAGCCAAUAAACUACAAACAUUUAGAUGUGUUGAUCUAAGAUCUUCCAGUGACAUAGAAACAAUGUUACAAACAUUAUCAUUGUUAUAUCAUGUGAAACGUGUUUGGUUGUAUAGAAUCAAUCUAAGUGAAAGAUCAUUAACACUGUCACCUCAAAUGAUCAAUAUUGAACGUGUUUACUUGUAUUAUAUAACAAUGUCUUGUUCAAUGUUACAUGAUCUCAUUACUGUUAUAAACAAACUACCACAUACAGUGACAGUACAUAUGGAAGGUUGUGAUAUAAAACCAGAAACAGAAUUUAAAAACUUUAAAAUAUUUAUAAAACAAUCAGACAAUUUUGUGGUCACACGUGAUGGCACCUUGAAGUCUGGAGUGUACAGGUUUGAGUUUAAAACAUCAACAGCAAGUACUGAGUUACCAUAAAUGAACUUGGAGAAACAAUUUAUAAAUAGAUUAUGAGACUAAUGACAGGUGAAAUAGACAUCAUUUUAUUUAAUCAAUAUUCUCAGGUGAAUGUUUUAUAGUAAGGAUAUGAAUGGAAUGAAAAAAACAUUUACGUUUUAAACUUUAUACAUAUUUUAGCUAGAUAUGAAACUAGAGUGCAUUUAAUAAAAAAAGGGAAUUAUUCUUAAUGAUGAACACACAAUGUCAAUGGAUUUAUCCUAACUUCAAAUGAUGAUUUAUCAUAUAUACUUGGAAAGGUUAAAGUGCAUUUAAAAGAUAUCAUGUACAUGCACUACUCAAACUGUGACCUAGCUGUUCUACAAACCAAAGGAUGAUUAUACCGUGUCUGUAUACCAGAAAUAUCUUUGAAAGUCCACUGGGUUUGUCAUGACGGCACAAUUUUUGUCUGCGGUGAUGAGUGUGAUAAAUUGGUUUGUUUUAGCAUUGUGAUAAUGAUAAACAUUUUAUGGAUGUUACUGAUUUGUUAAACAGUUAUGAUAAUGAGACAAUCGCAUAGAUGCCAAAAACUACAAUUUGAUGCUCUCAUUGGAUGACAGACCUUGAUCUUCAACAAAAAUAGAAGCUAAUUGAAAUGCAAAGUUUAAAUUCAUCAGUGAAUUCCUUGAAAUACUACAAAAAUGUUAAAAGUAAUGAAGUACCUGUGUGGUGUGUUCGGAAUUCUUAGUAUCAAUAUAGAAUCAUAAUGGUUAUAAAUUACCGUAAAUUAAAGUUUACACGUUUAUGUUAUGAUAUUUUCUAUAUAAAUUUUACUCUGACAUACACUAGUGCAUUGUAUAUUGUAAAAGUUUUAUCAUAAAUAUUAUAUAAAUAUUAAUAUUUUGUAACUGUCCUGUGAGAGAAACUUGCAGCCUGACCGAGACACAGACACAGUACCUUGGAUAUAACAUUCGUACCUUCGAUAUAACAUUCGUACCUUCGAUAUAACAUUCGUACCUUCGAUAUAACAUUCGUACCUUCGAUAUAACAUUCGUACCUUCGAUAUAACAUUCGUACCUUCGAUAAAACAUUCUGAAGCACUGCCGUAUGAGCUCGCCGAUCACUGGCACCUUGCCUUUAGUUCUAGUUUUAGUUCUAUACUUGUUAUUAUAGUAAUGACUUA